AUGUCGUCUAACGGUCAACUCCAACCUUGUUUCGCAAAACUCAGUCAAAUAAACGAGCAAACAUGGCUACAGAUGGGUGCCGCUGCCGAAUUGAUGCAGGAUUAUGAACGUGCCAUGAGUGCUUAUGAGGCAGCUUUGCGACACAACUCAUAUUCAAUUACUGCUUUAUCAAGUAUUGCUGCUCUUUACCGUGGAAGAGAGCAGUUUCCCAGGGCUGUCGAAUAUUUCCAAAGAAUAUUAAAUAUUGAUCAGAAUAAUGGAGAAAUCUGGGGUGCUUUAGGUCAUUGCUAUUUAAUGAUGGAUGAUCUGCAAAAGGCGUAUAGCGCUUAUCAACAGGCUCUCUAUCAUCUUCCUAAUCCAAAGGAACCCAAACUUUGGUAUGGAAUUGGUAUUUUGUAUGAUCGCUAUGGAUCUUUAGACCAUGCAGAGGAAGCAUUCUCUCAAGUAAUGAGAAUGGAGCCGAAGUUCGAGAAGGCAAAUGAAAUCUAUUUUAGAUUGGGAAUUAUAUACAAGCAACAACAAAAAUAUGAACAAAGUCUCGACUGUUUUAAAUAUAUUCUUCGAAAUCCACCGAGACCUUUGACGGAAGUAGAUAUUUGGUUCCAGAUCGGUCACGUACACGAACAACAAAAGAAUUUUGCGGCUGCCAAAGAAGCUUAUGAACGAGUCUUGGCUGAUAAUCCAACUCACGCAAAGGUUCUUCAACAGCUUGGCUGGCUUUAUCAUCAGCAGAGUGCUACUUUCAGUAAUCAAGAUUCGGCCAUCAGCUAUCUAACCAAAUCUUUAGAAUCUGGUAAGUGGUGCAUAAUGACCAUUCUUUUUUUUAUGACCUUGAUCUAUUUUCAAAUCUCAUGGUAUCUUCUUGGACGUUGCUAUAUGGCCCAACAAAAAUAUAAUAAAGCUUAUGAGGCUUAUCAACAGGCCGUAUACCGUGAUGGUCGUAACCCUACUUUUUGGUGCUCAAUUGGUGUUCUCUAUUAUCAGAUCAACCAAUUCCGAGAUGCUUUAGAUGCAUACAGUCGCGCUAUUCGUUUGAAUCCCUACAUAAGUGAAGUAUGGUAUGAUCUCGGAACACUUUACGAAUCUUGCAACAAUCAAAUCAGUGAUGCUUUGGAUGCAUAUCAACGUGCUGCGGAGCUGGACCCUACAAAUCCUCACAUUAAACAACGCUUGCAAAUGUUAAGAACUCAACAAGCGCAAGGAGGACAAACCUCUGCGCCAAUACCUCAAGACGUUAAUCCUCAAGCUUAUCAAUCUAACAAUGGUCCCUCUCAAAUGCCACCAUUUGCUCAACCAUCACCGGGCCCACAAGGCCCUCCUGGUAUGCCAAAUUAUGGUGGUAGGUCUGUUGACAAUAGACAAAACCAUCCACCAAUCCCUCUUCAUAACAGCGGCGAUAGUCAUCGUGACUUACCCCCUGUGAAUAGAAGAAGCCCUGGACCUUCUAAUCCGUACGGUCAUCCACCAUCUCAUCUUCGUGAUCCCAAUCCGUCAACACCACCUAAUCACAUCCUCAAUCCUUUAAUGUCACCGCACGACCAAAGGCCAUUGACUCCUCACCAACCGCCACCAUUGCGUCACAACCCAGACAAGCGUACCUCUCCUUCUCCGCAACUUCCACAGAUUCAAGAAGACAGACGUCCUCCCAGGCAUUCACCUCAGCUUCCUGAAACCUAUCAGCCGAGGCCAAACUUCCCUUCACCGCGGAUGCCAAUGACUGAACAUGGUAAUUCUCAACAUUCAAGUUAUCCGCAUUCUUCACAUCACGAAUUCCCCCCUCCUCAUCACUCUACAACUGUUGUUGACCAUGGUCGUGAAUCAGAUAUGUAUGACCACGGAAAAGGAAAACCUGAGGAAAGAAACGGCAAUGGAGUUCCCCCUUAUCAUAGUUCAGAGCCUCUCCCAUCGGCACAUGAAUCUCUUUCACACCACAGUGGCCGCGAAUAUCGAGAUUCGUUAGAUUCAAUAAUUAAAGCGAAUGAUUCUCACCGACCGGUUGAUCACUCGAGAACCCCGGUCACACGCCCGAUCGUCGAUCAUAACGAUCCCAGGAUGCAAGAGGGGUCGAUUGAUGAAAAGGGCAUUCCGCCAUUUUCUUCUUACCAUCCAGAUGAACAUCAAAGGCGGCUUCCUGAAAUCAAAAAUCCCGAUCCGCCUUCCCAGAGACAAGCUCAUUCGGAAUCACCUGUUAGAGAGAGCAGUUCGUACGCUAACGAUCAACAUAGUCCUGUUUCAAAUAUUCCUGUUGGUGAGACGCCGAGAAAGUCUUCAGCGGACCAACACUCAAGUCGACCUGAAAUUUCGCGAGAACUUCAUAAAAUCCCAUACCCGGACGAAUCAAGUCCCACCGAACCAAGGUCACCGAAUCUGUCACGGAUAAUGGAUAACAAUAAUAAUUCUAAUUCUCCAACUAGUCCUCUCGAAAACGACAAUAAGCCUGUAGUGUUACCGGCCAUGCGUACCACGCCAUCUGUCAAUGAGCGCUCGUCAGUGUCUAAUUCUGCACGUCAAGUGGACGAAGAUUAUGAUGGAACGGCACCCGUCGAUUCUUUACCGAGUAUCGGUGAUGGUGGUGCGUCAACUUCAUCAGCCGCACAAAAACGGUCUUACUCUCCAAAAGGCGAUGAUCUUGAUGAUCGUCGAGAUGAAGGUACUGCGAAAAGAAUUAAACCAUCCCCAAGAGAUGAAGCACAAUCACCUAUAUCGACACACUCAGAACGUGAAAGAGAACAACAGGAGAGGGAUCGGGAACAACGCCAAAGGGAAAGGCGAAAAUCUGAACAAAGUGCUAAUGGUGGUAGUACUACUCAUUCGCCUCGUAGUACACCUUAA